CUCGCUGCCAAACAGUCGUCGGCGCACGAUUCACCUUCAUCUACGCCCGCCGCGUACUCGCCCCCGCACACGCCGCAUCCCCGGUCGGCGCUCCCAAGUAAUAUACUGACUACCCGCUCGCACACACACGCUCGCACUCGUGCUCGCACACACGCCUGCUGCCUCGUCUGACGUCUUCUCGCUCUUCCCGCCCGUAGCAGCGCAGAGCCGUUGCCCUCGUCGCCCUCGUCGCCCCGCCCCACGAUGAAGUUCCGCAGGAGCGUCAAGAGCGAAAAGGACACCCGUCCCCACCACAUCUCCAUUCCCCCAAAGGAUGCCAUUGCCAUUGUGCCACCCAAGAAGGUCAUAAAAGCCCUCUACGACUACCAGCCCUCCGACACCAGCCCCGACUCGGCCUAUCUUGCCUUUUCCCAGGGCGACUUUCUGCACGUCGUCGGCCGCGAAGACGACAGCGACUGGUACGAAGCCUGCAACCCGCUGCACGGCACCCGCGGCCUGGUUCCCGUCUCGUACUUUGAGGGCGUGGGCAAGACGGUGCGCGACAGUGCCGGUGCCUCUGCGCCUCGCUCCACUACCCAACAACCGCACGACUCCGGCUACCAAGAACGCCUCAUAAGCCCCCACCCGCCGUCCGCCCACGACAUCAUGACCCAGCAGAUGCGCAUGUCCCGCUCGGGCGGCAAGACGGGCGCCAUGGUCUACGGCGUCGUCAUUUACGACUUCAAGGCAGAGCGCCCCGACGAGCUCGAGGCCAAGGAGGGCGAGGCCAUCAUCGUCAUCGCCCAGUCCAACCCCGAGUGGUUUGUCGCAAAGCCCAUAACCCGACUGGGCGGCCCUGGCCUGAUUCCCGUCUCUUUUAUCGAGAUCCGCGACAUGGCUACUGGCCAGGCCGUCCCCGACACGCAGGCUGCCGUCACAGCCGCCGGCGUCCCCAAGGUCGAGGAGUGGAAAAAGAUGGCUGCAGACUACAAGAACGGCAGCAUUCCGCUCGGCAAGCUCGAGACUAACUCGGGACAGUCGCUGCAGCAAGGCAUGGAGCGCUUGAGCGUGCGCAGCCAAAAUGGCGGCCACCAAAAGGUCGGCUCGGUAUCCCACUCGCGCAGCGGCUCCAUGGCGCAGUCGCGAAACCCCCACCGCACAUCGGACAACCUCCUCGCCCCGGUCAAGGCAUGCGUGCCGCGCUACUGCUUUGCCGACGACAUCUUCUGGUUCAUCAUCGAGUGCCAAAUGGAGGACGGCCGGCAUUGGGAGCUGCAACGCCUGUACCAGGACUUUUACGACCUGCAGAUACAGCUCAUUGCUUCGUACCCUGUCGAGGCUGGCACAAGCGGCUCAGCAGAGCGAACGCUGCCCUUUAUGCCCGGCCCCGUUACCUACGUCACGGACAACAUUUCCAACGGGCGCCGCGCCAAUCUGGACGAGUACAUCAAGAAUCUGCUCAAGUUGGGCCCGCACAUCACCCAAGGGCACCUUGUCAAGGGCUUCUUCGCCCCACGACAGGGCGACUAUGAAAUCGACCCCGACGUAGUCACGGCUGAAGAAUAUCGCAUGUCUCAGCAGUCGCAUCACUCGUCGAACCCGUCACACGGCGCAAGCAGACAAUCUUCGGCGGACCAACUGCAGGCCACGACCCCGGUCACCCCCUUUUCGACGGGCUCCAGCUACCCGUCUCACCAGCGCGGCCCAUCAGCAGCCUCGCAAGCAUACUCGACCAAUCUCAAUCCACCGCCCAUGAACCAUGCAAAAUCGUCCAUGUCGACGAGUACGGGUACGGGUACCUCGUCGGCACUCAAGAUCAAGGUGUGGUUCGAAGAGGACAAUUGCGUCGUCAUCCGCAUGCCUCUGUCUCUCAAAUUUGUCGACCUGUACAACAAGCUUGUGGAGAGGAGGAAGUUGGAGCGGCCGGGCGAGGAAGAGGAGGAAUUGAUUGUCGAGUACAAGGACGAGCAAGAAAACAACUUUUAUCCCAUUGAAAACGACGAAGACUUGGCCAUUGCAGUGGACCGGAACCCCAAAUUAACACUUAGUGUUACAACGACGCGGUAAGUCAUGGAACAGCGGUUUGAGAUAUCCCCUUGAGAAUUCUUCUUC